AUGUCGCCAUUGCGGCUGGGGGACACCAAGUAUGGGAUGCCCUACAGCGGGGGCAAGGUGAACGUGAGAAACACGUUGUGGGAGAAAGAUCCCAAGGCCGCCAUGGGCCUCUCGCUCAUCGAGGUUGCCAAGGAUGGAGCAGAUCCUUCCUAUGCAGAGAAGCUGCUGCGCAUAGGAGCUGACCCCAACUACCCGUGCCCCUACAAGGAGAAGUACUCGGCUCUCCAUCUGGCGGCCAUCAAGGGUCAGACGGAACUUGCAAGGCUGCUGGUAAAGAGCGGGGGAGACCCGCACAAGCGAUGCAAGCUCGGGUCCGCCAUGGACCUUGCAAGGAAAUAUGGAAACACGGAGACGCUUUCGGCAAUGCAAGAGGAGCUCAAGCAGAGGAAGAAGUGA